AUGACGGUUGCUGAACAACCGCCUAAUCUUAAACAUGCUUCAGUUGAUCAAUUGAUGAACUUUGAAGGUGAUGGUUGGGAUGUUGUCUUAGUGAGGGACGAUUUUGAGGAAGAAGAUGUUAGUCGUACCUUAAGCACUCAUGUUAGUAGUAGAAACGUGAGCGAUCGAUGGUGGUGGAGGUUUGAAAAGAAAGGCAAUUUCACGGUGAAGAGCUUUUAUAGACAGAUGAGUACUUUGGAGGUAGGGAAUUUUAAUGAGUUAUGGAGUAAGCUAUGGAAUUUAAACGCUUUGUUUUAUAUUAGGAUCUUUGCUUGGAGAAUGUUCUCCGGUUAUCUUUUUACGAUAGAGGCUUUGGCAAGUCGCUGUGUUUUUGUGCAUGCAACAUGCAUGGCGUGUUCUUCAAGUCAGGAGACUUCCUUUAUCUCUUUUGUGAAUGUUCUGUGGCAAAAGAUUGUUGGAGUCUGGCUAUUUGGGAAAGGAAGAUUAGUUAGUGGCAUCUUUUCUUUGCUGGAAAUCUGGCUUAAUGAUGUGGAAGAAUGUUGGUGGAACGGCAAGAGGGAUCGUGGAGGCAACAGGUUUCCAACUUUCGUCGUGGUUGGCGGCGAGUCUGCUAAGCAGCAAAUGGGCGUGGGUAAUGUAAUUCUAGAUAACGAGGGUAGUGUGGUUCAGGCUUGGUUUUGCAGCUGGUUUGGGUCUUAUUCUCCUUGUAUGGCUGAGAUUAUGUGCAUUCGAGUGGCUCUAAGUUGGCUUAAAGGGCGAAAUAAUAUUAUUUUUGAGUUGGAUGCAAUGGGCGUAGUGCUUGAAAUUCGAAAUCAAAACUUAGUUGAUUCUGAGUUACUUAUUGAGGAUUGUGUGCAACUAGAAUAG